AUGACAUCAACUCUUGAAUCAUAUAUGAACCGCAUGGUGAACGUCGUCACUGGAGACGGACGAGUAAUCGUCGGGCUUCUCAAGGGAUUCGAUCAAUUAAUCAACCUGGUCAUCGAAGAUGCCCACGAACGGUGUUAUUCAGAGACAGACGGAGUUCUAAUCACACCGCUGGGACUCUACAUUAUUCGAGGAGAAAAUGUAGCCAUCAUUGGUGAAAUCGACGAGGAACUCGACAAACGCGUCGAUCUAGAGAAUGUGAAGGCAGCCCCAUUGGCACCGAUUUGGGUCCCACAAUAA